AUCUGAACGGACGAGACAUCAUGGGGGCAUUUUUAGAUAAGCCAAAGAUGGAAAAGCACAAUGCCCAAGGGCAGGGCAACGGACUACGUUACGGGCUAAGCAGCAUGCAAGGCUGGCGAGUGGAGAUGGAGGAUGCGCACACAGCUGUGAUCGGCUUACCAAACGGACUUGACCGGUGGUCUUUUUUUGCUGUGUACGAUGGGCAUGCCGGAUCCCAAGUUGCCAAAUAUUGCUGCGAGCAUUUAUUGUAUCACAUCACCCACAAUGAUGAUUUCCUAAUGGGCGGUGGCCCACCCUCCGUGCAGAACGUAAAGGCUGGAAUCAGAGCAGGUUUUCUGCAAAUCGAUGAUCAAAUGAGGCUAAUCUGUGAGAAGAAACACGGCGUGGACAGAAGUGGGUCAACGGCGGUGGGGGUCCUGAUCUCUCCCCACCACACCUAUUUUAUCAACUGUGGAGACUCUAGGGGUUUGCUUUGUAGGAACAGGAAGGUUUAUUUCUUUACGGAAGAUCACAAGCCAAGUAAUCCACUGGAGAAGGAGCGCAUACAGAAUGCGGGCGGUUCGGUAAUGAUCCAGCGCGUGAACGGAUCUCUUGCUGUGUCGAGAGCACUCGGGGACUUUGAUUACAAAUGUGUCCAUGGGAAAGGCCCGACGGAGCAGCUUGUUUCCCCCGAGCCCGAAGUUUAUGAAAUCGAGAGAUCAGAAGAUGACGAUCAGUUCAUCAUUCUGGCUUGUGACGGUAUCUGGGAUGUGAUGGGGAACGAAGAGCUGUGCGAAUUUGUGAGAUCGAGGCUGGAAGUCACGGACGACCUUGAGAGAGUUUGCAAUGAGAUAGUCGACACCUGCUUGUACAAGGGUAGCCGAGACAACAUGAGUGUGAUACUGAUCUGUUUUCCAAAUGCACCAAAGGUAUUACCAGAGGCAGUGAAGAGAGAGGCAGAACUGGACAAGUUCCUGGAAAGCAGAGUAGAAGAGAUCAUAAAGAAGCAGGGCGAAGGAGCGCCGGACUUAGUCCAUGUCAUGCGUACGUUGCAAACGGAGAACAUCCAAAACCUUCCACCAGGGGGUGAAUUGGCGAGCAAACGGGGUUUGAUUGAAGCAGUUUAUAACAGACUGGUCCCUUACAGAAACGAUGAGACUGACUCUGCGUCGACAGAUGAAAUGUGGUAAGACUGCCAGAUAAGCUGUGUGGAGUUUACAUCCAUCCUCCCUAUGGAAAAAAAA